AUGAAUGUCCCCAACAACGAUAUUGUGGCCGUCGCUACACUCGAAGGAAGUCAAACAUACCUCGUGGAUUUGCCCAUGGAAGUUCCACCAGAGAUGCUGGGUCUCACUUUAACUGGAUCGCCACCAACUAUUUCACAAGUGGAUCUCAAGAGUCCACUACAAGGAAAGGUUCAAGUUGGUCAUUAUAUUCAUGCCGUCAAACUUGUGAAUAUGGAGAUUCUGAACUUGGUCGGUUGCAAUCACUUGACAGAAGUUCUCCGCUUCAACGCCAACUAUCCAAGACAAUUGGUGAUUUCGCAUAGCAUAUCCUUUAUUGAUCCAAUGGUUGGAAAACGAGCCAAUCACCCAUUUUUCAAGCAUCAGCUGUCCCCAAGCCCACAGUUGGGAUUUGCCAUUCUAGGAUUCCCACCCGUUAUUUCAUCUGUGGCGGAGGGUGAGAUGAAAACUCGCCUAUUCCCUGGACAAACGGUAGAAGCACUACACAUUCCGGGACGACCGUUGAUGAACCUUCAAGCUGGAGGAUUUACAAGCCACAAUGUAUAUAGGGCGCUUUCGGAAACAUCGGGUGUAGAAGGCCGCCAACUCAUCGUCCGAGAUGGUCACAAAGUACAAAAAGAAGUCGGCUCGAAUGCCUGUUUUGACGACUGCGUCAUUUCAUGA